AGUACUGCCGUAGGUUAAAUUAUUUGUCUAUUUAUAUCAAGUAUCGUUCCUUCUCAAAGACGCGCCUAAUUAUUCCAUAUUAUCCAGAUGCUUACGCUAGUUCCUUCUCAAAGACACGCCUAAUUAUUCAAUAUUCUUUUUGAAACGUUUUCAAAGUUACCGGUAAUUAUUUGAUCUUUUAUUAGAAACAUGUCGAGAUCAAGUGACACAUUAUUAUGUGUGUUUAUGUUGUUGGGUAUUUGCAUAGGCAUCGUUAAAGCCACUGCAACGAAACCCAAAAUAGAUAACAACAAGGAGUUGUUUAGUACUUCUUCAAUUCUAUCGUGGUGGCAUCGUCAUCAUUUACCUUCAAUUAGAUGGGGGUUGCGUCGUCACCCAAAAAAACCAUUACCACCAACUCACCUGGCUCCAUCUCCAUCUCCUGCGGUUUCGCCAUCACAUAUGGCUUCUUCACCAACUCAUGCGGCUCCAUCCCUAGUUGAUGAUGUGGUUUCGCCACCACACACGGCUCCGUCUUGGGCCUCAGCUCCAACAACUUCUUGCAUCAAGAUGGAUGAUUGUCUAUCAGAUUUGAUCACUUCCGUUUUCAAGCGUAAAAUUUCAUUAUCUACACAAUGCUGCAAAGUCGCUCCAACAAUUUCAGAUGAUUGCUUUUACAGAAGGUUCGUGCACUCCAAGAGGGUACCGUUUUUCCUAGUCAAAGUGAGAAACUAUUGCAGUCAUCAUCAAGGCUGAAGCAUGAUCACAUCUUACC